AUGGAUCCGCUAUCUAUCGCCAGCGCGGCGGUCUCUUUCGCCGGGUUCGCCGGGCAGGCGCUGAAGGGUACGCAGGCCCUGUGCUCAUUUAUCUCCGACAUCAGGGAUGCUCCUAGCAAGAUCCAACGGCUAGGUGAUGAGCUCAACACGCUUCGGAAGUCCAUCGAGGACAUCCGAACGGGGCACACCACUUCGACUUCGAUUCAUCCAGCGCUCAACGACGCAGCGCAACUCUGCGACGAUGUGAUCGGGCCUUUGCAUGCUCGGAUUGAACGGUACUCGGGAAGUCUUGCUUCUGGACGCAUCAAACGGCGAUGGGCACAGGUCGAGUCGGCAUUCCGUGGAUCCAAGAUCGACAAAAUGACUGCGGAUGUCCAGAGGGCUCGGAUGGCUCUGGUGGACGCCAGGCUAAUGCAGACACGUCUCGACCUGGCAGAGAUGCUGCGGGUACAGCGGAGUCAUUAUGCUCUCACGAGCUCAGUGCAGGCAUCUGUUAAUUCACAUAUCCGCCCGCAACUCGAUCGGGUAUCGCAAUCGGUCGCUAAAACCCAUUGGGAUAGUCAACUUUACUAUCAGAGGAUCGAAGAGGUUAGCGAUGCUACGUUGGCCACAUCACGAGACCUUCGAGCCCACGUUGGGCACGUCGCAACAGACUUGCAGCACGAGAUUGCGUCGGUGAAGGGGCAGAUCGCCGACGUUCACCAGGAUAUGAGGGACCUGCAAACAGCUCAAGUGGCGAACCACACAAUCUUGGACAACUACUACCAUGAGGCGAAAGCAACCCACGAGCGGAUGGAGUUUAUGACCAACAAAUUUGCACAGCUUUCAGUUGAUAUGGAGGAGGUCAAGUCAUGUGUUACCCAACUUCUGCAACCAGAACGAACACCAUCAAACAUGGUGGAAGCCAUGUUUGAAAAGGCAGUCAGCAGGAGCGUUGCGAACGCUCUAGCUGGUCUCGCUAGGCAAACCCCAUCUGCUUCUGAUCUAAUGACGGCCGCGGAACAUGCACCCGAGGCUUCCAGCUGCACUCGACAGAAGCUACUCUACGCCUAUAACAAGAACUACUGGUUCGGAUAUUUGUCUGUCAUGGCAAUCCGGACAGCAACCCUCGAUGGGCAGUCUGGAGCCAUUUCGUUCUCGAUACACACAAGUGUCGUCUUCACACCCCAUUCCUGGAUUGCUCGAUGGACAUCACGCCUUGAAGCGGUCAGACUCAUGGUUGCAAACCGAGGGAACCUGUUUUCUCUCACAACGUCGAAGAUCCUCGCAAAGGAGAUGUCCGCCACGAUAUCGAAAGCUGUUCUUUGUGGGACUUUCGACGAGUUUCGAGAGUUGAUCCAGAGACACAACGUGCGCCCGAAUGAUCUCAUCCCCGUCGAGAGUGAUACACGUAGUGUCCUUGAGAUGUGUGUGGAAUGGAUCUUGAUCGUCGCGACUUUUGGGGAUGAUAUCGACCUCAUUGAGAAACACUACCCUCUGGCUGGGCAUCCACGCUACGAUGACUCGGAGAGAAGGCAUGGCUUCUAUUUUGCAGAAGCUUUAGUUUCUCCCAACAAUGAAACGAGUGAAAUGACAUCUGUCCUCGUCGACAAAAUCGUACGAAUGUGCGGUUGGCUUCUGCAAUCCGAAUUCUGCCCACGAAUAGCUUGGCAACCGUAUCUAAUGGGCACACUAGGCAGUGAGAUUGAGAUUGUAAUGGGAACUGGAGGAAGCACUAGACGUGAGCAAAAUCCCAUGAACACAUUCUACGCUCAGAUCUCGGCCGUGUCUAGCCAUAGCAUGAGUGAAAAUAUGAAGUUCUCAGGUCCAGAGGUACUCGCCGCUAUGGUUGGCCUUGUGGAAUUGGUGCUAGCUCAGACAGACCAGGAAUGGCAGUUUCUGGACAUUCUGUUGCUCCUCCACGCCAUGUGGAACUCCUCAGCAUACUGCAGUCUACAUCCAGCAUUCAGCUCCGCCGCCGCAGGGGAUUUCCUAGAUUUUGAUUCCCAAGAUACUAUGGAUACUAUUGGCCGUCUCGUCGCUGGUGCGGCUGCGGCGCGGGUGUGGGCUGCUGGCGACGCAAGCGUCACGCUCUUGGCAGCCGAAGUUAUCUUUGCGACCAUUCGGAACGUCAUGGCCCUCAGCAGCCCUCUUUCACGAGAUGUUAAGAUCGGCGAUACAUGGUAUGCUCAUGACUUAAUCAUGCCAAUGUCACAAAUCUUCUGGAUGGGCGCGCCGCGCAAGCGAUAUCACAACAUCAUGAGCUCUAUCAUCGCCAAACUUCUUCAGCUGGACGCGAAUAUCCUGUGCAUGUCAACCAACAACACGACGCUGACCGAAUCUGCCAUUCAAUGGCAAGUUCUUGACCUCUGGAUCGAAGCAUUGCUUCUGGCGGGGCAGCGACCAGACUUGCUUCUGUCCCGCUCCGAAAAAUCCCUACUUGACACCGACUACAAUCCCUUGCGAUACAUGAGCACAAGUGAUGGUGCUUCCCUUGCCUUUACAGCCGACGGCCAGAGUGGGAGAGUCUGUCUGGCACUCGACGAGAUUCAAAAUGCUCUCUCUAAAUUUGUGUUCCUGCGUCGUCAUCCAGCGAUGGGAAAAAAGAUCCCUAAACUGGACAAUUUCAAAAAAGAUAUCAUAGCUGAAGCGACGCGAGGCUGGCACGUUAUUUCACCCUUGAAUGAGUGUCGCAGGGGGGUACACUGCCAGGUGAAAACCUCCCCAGCUAAAUUUAUAUGCCAUCCCCACGGUGACUAUGCCGAGGCUGUGCUGGAGGGAAGCUUUGAGGAGGAUGAACUACCGCCGGAGAGGUACGAGGUCAGGCCAAUCGGGGACGGCGGUAUGGAGCUGAUCAUUGAGAUAGAUGAUAUUGAUGCCCCAUGGGAGCGCCUCUGCCAGGAAAUCAAAGAUAAGGGUCAGUUCUGGGACGGAAAGGGAAAUGUAGUACUCGACAUACGAGACUUAGAAAAGUAUGAGAGGAGCAACAGUGCCGGAGUCGAUGCCAAAGAGUCAGCACAUGAGGCGAGCCAGGAAGAAGGUCAGGAAGUGGAUCGACUUCAGAACGCGGCGACGGCUGCUGGCUGGGUAUAG